GCGCUGCAGGGGGGAGCCGGGCCUGUACCCGAAGCCGAGAGGGAGCGUCGACUGCACACUCCCGACACCGGCCCAGGAGUCCGCGGCGCCCCAGCCCGACCUGCUGGCGGGUUGCAGCGGAGGGCCCCGGCCGCAGUCCCGCCGAGCAGGUGACAUCAUCACUGAACUGAAACUGCACAAAGAUUUAUAUUCAUGUCAUUACUGUGCAACAUCAGCUUUUAGGCAAUCAAAUGGUGUAGAAGAAAGCCUGAAGCCCUUGAGGAGGGAAACUUGCCUAAUUCUUCUCCAGGCCAAUUAGCUGAAUAGGCCAACACAAUGGACUGGGGUACCCUACACACUUUCAUCGGGGGAGUAAACAAACACUCCACCAGCAUCGGGAAGGUAUGGAUCACCGUCAUCUUCAUUUUCCGUGUCAUGAUCCUUGUAGUGGCUGCUCAAGAAGUGUGGGGUGACGAACAGGAAGAUUUUGUCUGCAACACUCUGCAACCGGGAUGCAAAAAUGUGUGCUAUGACCACUUUUUUCCUGUGUCCCACAUCCGGCUGUGGGCCCUGCAACUCAUCUUUGUCUCCACCCCGGCCCUGCUGGUAGCGAUGCAUGUCGCCUACUACAGACACGAGGCCGCCCGCAAAUUUAGGCGAGGAGAGAAAAGAAAUGAAUUCAAAGACUUAGAAGACAUUAAAAGGCAGAAGGUUCGGAUAGAGGGAUCCCUGUGGUGGACGUACACCAGCAGUAUCUUUUUCAGAAUCAUCUUUGAAGCAUCCUUUAUGUAUGUGUUUUACUUCCUUUACAAUGGGUACCACCUGCCCUGGGUGUUGAAAUGUGGGAUUGACCCUUGCCCCAACCUUGUUGACUGCUUUAUCUCUAGACCUACUGAGAAAACCGUGUUUACCAUUUUUAUGAUUUCUGCAUCUGUGAUUUGCAUGCUGCUUAAUGUGGCCGAGUUGUGUUACCUGCUGCUGAAAGUAUGUUUUAGGAGAUCAAAAAGAACACAAACACAAAGAAAUCAUCCCAAUCACGCCCUAAAAGAGAGUAAGCAAAAUGAAAUGAAUGAGCUGAUUUCAGAUAGUGGUCAAAAUGCCAUCACAGGCUUUCCAAGUUAAACAUUUCAAAGCACUACAUAGCUGACUCAUAACAAAAGUGGUGCCUUCUGAAGGCAGUGCCCACCUAAAAAUCCCUUCCAUAGGCUGAAGACUUUGUCUUUAUAAAUGCUUUCAUAAUACAUAGAUACUUGAGUUAACUUUUUGUAGAACACUUGUUCCCUUAAUAUGCAACAUAAUCAAAUAUGUGGUCCAUCUCUGAAACUAAGACAGGAUUACAACUGUGCCUUGAAGUAACUUUAACAUGUUUAAGUGGACUGUCUGACAUACUAGGUAUUUCCUGAAAAUUUAAGUGUGUAACUGUGUUGAUAAAGAACAUUUAUGUAGAAAAUUGAUACUUUGAUUAGUAAAAGAUAUUUUUAUAGGAUUGAAUGUUUUAGUUCUGACUUUGAAUUUAUAUAAAGUAUUUUUACAAUGACUGGUCUUUCUUACCUGGGAAAACAUAUGAGGUUAGUUUUAGAAUUAUGCCAUAAGUAUGUAAAUUUUGAACUUACAAAGAGUCUAUCUUGUUGUAAAUAGUGUUUUGCAAUUUCUAUUGACAAAUUUAUGAACUAUCAUGAUACUCUUAAGGUGGAAAUUGUUCAUUGUACAAUAUAUUUUUAUUGCUUCCUAAAUGUAGACAGAGCUGUAUGGAAGUAGGAAGCUUUUUAAAACUGGACAAUUUGCAAUCAUUGUGAACAGCUGACUUGAAUGUUUCACCUCAAUAAAGAUCAGCCCCAUUGCUUAUGCCUU